GUUGCCUCGAUUGAAACACUAGUGACAAUGAGGGCCCUUCUGCUUCUCCUUUGUGUUUCGAACGUUUUCGCGGAGGAAAAAGAUCCGAAAGUUAUCAUAGUAGGGGCUGGACCUUCUGGAAUUGCAGCCGCUUCCAAACUACUCCAGAAUGGAAUAACAGACGUUACGAUUUUAGAGGCGGAGGGGAGAAUUGGCGGUCGAGUGAACAGCACGAUAUUUGGAGACUAUUGGAUUGAUCUGGGUGGUCAAUGGGUGCAUGGAGAGUGCAAUAAUGUAGCGCAUGAUCUCGCCGCACCUCUGGGACUUUUAUCUAAAGCCAUGGGUCCAGGACGACCGGAAGAAGAACCCGUCAAUCAUCGUUAUUAUUCAUCCGAAGGGGAAGUUAUAAUGAAAGAACUGGGAGUGGAAUUUUUCACCUACGUUGAUGAAAGCGCGCAUGGUUCAGCUGAGAAUUUAAAGAGCGGAUCUUAUGGUGAACGUUUGGAUAAUAGGCUGAACGAAUAUUACAAUAAUCACACGGAUAAAAUUACCCCUGACAUGCGUAAUGGUUUGGCACAUGCCGUAAAAUUGGGCCUGAUGGCAUUGCAGGGGGCCACGGAUUUGAACGACGUCUCCUUCAAAAUGAUACAGGAAGAUGGAGGUUCCUCAGGAUUUUCAGUCGUCAACUGGAAGGAUCGAGCGUACGCAACUAUUCUAGAAAUCCUGAUGAAAAAAAUUCCGAAUCCUGAGGAAGAACUGCCGAUCAUGAAUAAGACCUCAUUGAAUAAAAAAGUAAUUAAAAUAGAAUAUAAUGGUGAUGGACCGAUAAAAGUCACGACUUCCGAUGGGAGUGAGUACACAGCUGAUCACGUGAUUAGUACAACUUCGCUGGGAGUUCUGAAGGCUGAUCACGAGAAGAUUUUCAAACCAGUUUUACCAGAGAAAAAUAAGAAUUCGAUAGAGAGUUUUGGUUUUGGACAUAAUGCGAAGAUAUUACUGUAUUACGACGAGCCCUGGUGGGAUACCACUGAGAGUUUCAUGAAUCUACUUAUCUGGAGGGAAGCGGACAGAAAGGAAAUCGAAAAUGAUCCUGAAAAAAGUUGGAUGUUGGGUGUCGCCUACUCUCUCCCAGUCGAGUACAAACCGAAGCUCUUAUUCCUCUGGAUGAGUGGUCCCUACUGCGAGCAGAUGGAGAAAAUCCCUGACGAACUCUUCAAAAAUCAGACGCUCGGACUCAUUGAAAGAUUCUUCGGUAAAUCCUACAAUCUCACCCAGCCCAAGGACAUCAUCAGGACCCGCUGGAACACCAAUGAGAACUUCAGGGGCACUUACAGUUACCCUUCCCUCGCUUCUGUAGCGAAUAAUGCCAGUCGGGAGCAAUUGGGGACACCUGUCAUGCGAAAUGACAAGCCCGUUAUCCAAUUUGCUGGAGAAGCUACUGAGCCACAUGACUAUGGUACUGUGCAUGGAGCUAUAGUUUCAGGGUGGCGUGAGGCUGAUCGUUUGAUCAAUUUUUAUAAGAAAAAAAAUUGAUCGUAAUGAUGAAUAGGAGAAUUAUUUUGAGGCAUGUGUGGUAAUAAAAAUUGUUGGAAAUUUCAUGGAAUAUGCUCUGUUCAAUUGGCCUGAGGGAAGGUGUUGACGAAAAAUACAGAAUGAAAAAAUAAAUGAAUGGAUAAAUGAAUAAAAUUGUGUGAUGAAAAGUU